GCGUGAUGAUUGAAUGAGUCCAGGAACGGAGGAACAAAAGCUCAAGACCUUCAAGUCCGCAACUCGCCCACUUCCUUUCCCUCGCUCCUUUGUCCUGUUCACUCCACCUCUCUUUCGCUUUCUCCUCUUCACCUCCCCGACUCUCUGUGUUCGAGUAUCGCCUCUUUACUCCGUUACCUUCCUACACUUGGGAAGCUCUUUUUCCACCCAACUCUCUACUCUCUUUCUCUCUCUGAGAGGCGCUCGACUCUCGGUAUCAACCACAAGUACUGUUCUUUAAAGGAGAAAAGCAACCGAAAGCACUCAACAUGGAAGAAAAGCUGCAGGAAAAGUUUGCUCUUGUGCAGCAGAUGAAGAGGGAAAAGGAGCUUAAAGAGGCAAAGGCAAGAGAAUCUCAACCCUUUGAUAUCUUUGCGAUCGCAGGAGUCACUCUACCAAGCAGCGGCUUGGGUGGACUCAACAUGACCAUUCGCCACGAUGGACCCUCCGCUGCUGGAGCGACAAUUGGCUCGGUUAAGCGACCACGCAAAGACAGGACCAGCUUGAUGAACAACGAGAUAGCAGGGUCCAGCCGACAAAGGCCGUCCUCCGCUGCAGACGGCACCGCUGGUGGUGAUCGUCCAGAGGACACCGCGAGUAGCCAGAACACAAAGUUGAAGCGAUCAUCCAUGGCGGCCAACCCAAACGAUUCACAGGAUUCUGCUCGUUCAAGAGGUACUGGACGCAACAACACAUCCCUGGACUCCUCGCAUGGAUCUGCCAUUGUUCAACAAUUUUCACAAGAUUCGUCUCCUCUCGAGCCAGCUACCAGGAACAGUAACAGGAGUUCCAGUACGGCGACUCCACCCACACCCAUCCCUUCGCCCAAAACGGACAGCAGUAGUCGGCGCAACUCGGGAUCGGCCUCGCCUACCAAGAUGCUGGCCAAAGACAUGACCCACAACGUGCAAAGCCGGUCGGGAAGCGUUGAUGAGAAUGAAGAAAUGGUGGUCGAUAUGUUUGGGCGUUCGGUCCCUCGGUCGAGACAUCAUUCCUCAGACGAAGGGUCGGACUCCGAAAGCGAGAGCGCUCAUCCUCGCCGAAGACGCAAGCGAAAUGAGGAAGAUGAGAUGGAUCGUUAUCGACCUUCCUACCGUUCUGGCAGAUAUGGUUCCAGGUCCCGAUCCCGUUCUCGAUCCCGUUCCCGGUCACGCUCACCUGGCCGUCGCCAAUACUAUCGGAGGUCUCGAUCGCGUUCUGUCAGUCCUUACUACCCACACUCCAGAGAUGGCGGGGAUCGGCGACGAAGGAUCGGCGGGCGACGUGGCGGAGACAGAGACGGUCGUGAUCGUCAUUCUGGCGAUGAAAUGCCUGUGAAUCCAGCAGCAGAGGCGGAUCCUUACCUGGCGGCGAGUCGCUAUUUGGAUACUGCAUUCUACCCCACCAAGAUCUAUGUCGGAAAUCUACCCAGCUCGGUUUCCUUGACCAGCUUACGAACAUUGUUUGCACCAUUUGGCGACAUCGAGGACAUGAAUCUGGUCGAGGGCAAGGAUUUUGGAUUCGUGACCUAUGUCGAACCAACAGCAGCUCAUCAGGCACUGAUCAAAAUGAACAGCGCCAUGAUCGAUGGAACCUAUAUCCGUGUGAACAGGGCCAAGAUCCCAGAGCGGAACCGCCGUGGGUUUGCUGGCGUGGCAUGGAUGGAUGAGGACGGCGAACUUGCGAGACUGGAGGAGGAGCAGCAUCAGCAGGCGGCAGCCAUUGCUGGUGGACUGACUACUGGCUCUGGAAGUCAACACAGGGCACCAGGAGACGGUAUGGCGACGCUCGACCAAUCUCUCGAGGAGUCAUCUCCUGUAUCUGUUCGCCCAGUUCAUCAACUCCCAGCCAGACCUCGCUCGCCCAAGCUGCCACCCAAACCGACUGGUGCUGCCCUGUACCCGCCCACAGGCACGGACCCUCGUGCCGCCAUGGCUGCCAGUCGCGGAGCGGGACGACAGAUUUUACGAUACGACGACCUUUAGAUUUACGAUGCUGACCUGUACUAUUUACUUAACGGGAUCAUCAGGAGAUGAAGCAUGUCCCAUCUGUAACAUUAUCAACCACACACGAAUGCAUUUAUGCUCAUCGAGAUCAAAAGGUUUGUAUUUUACAAAAUAAAAAAAAAG